CGGAGGCAGUCCGCUGGCUUCCGGCCGCCCUGGGGAAACGCCGGCUGCGCCCCCGCAACCCACGAUGCCCCUGCACAGGUUCCCGGUCCGCCUGUGGCCGCGACUGCGGCUGCGGGAGGGCAUCUGUUCCCGCCUGCCCGCCCACUUCCUGCGCUCCCUGGAGGAGGAGCGGGUGCCCACCGCCGUCCACUACCGACCCCACGGGGCCAAGUACAAGAUCAACCCCAAGAACGGGCAGCGGGAGCGCGUGCAGGACGUACCCAUCCCCCUUCACUACCCCCUAGAGUCGCAGCGGGGACUCUGGGGCGGCGAGGGCUGGAUCCUGGGCUACCGAUACGCCAACAAUGACAAGCUCUCAACAAGGGUGAAGAAGGUUUGGAAACCCCAGCUCUUUCAGCGUGAGCUCUACAGUGAGAUCUUGGACAAGAAGUUCCCUGUAACUGUGACCAUGCGGACUUUGGAUCUCAUCGACAAAGCCUAUGGGUUUGACUUCUAUAUCCUCAAGACUCCAAAGGAGGAUCUGUGCUCCAAAUUUGGGAUGGAUCUAAAGCGAGGAAUGCUGUUAAGGCUUGCCCGCCAGGACCCCCAACUACACCCAGAUGACCCUGAACGAAGGGCAGCUAUCUACAACAAGUACAAGGGCUUUGUCAUCCCAGAGGCGGAGGCUGAGUGGGUUGGCCUAACCCUGGAGGAGGCUGUGGAGAAGCAGAGGCUCCUGGAGGAGAAGGACCCUGUUCCCCUAUUCAAGAUCUAUGUGGAGGAGCUGGUUGAACAGCUUCAGCAGCAGGUGCUAUCGGAACCCACAGUGGUGCAGAAGAGAACCGGUGGGAAGUGACCACAGAGCCCCACCUGUGCCUGACCACCAGGCUCAGGCCUCCUCUCUGGGCCUCUAAGCAUUAUAGCCAUAUCCUGGAGUGGCUAUAAGGGUUCUUGUGUACUGGCCACACAGCUCCUGGGAUGGUCUUCUCAGAGGUCCUGAGAGACAUUUGUCCCUGGACUUCAGAAGGCCUGGAGCUGAGCAGUGACCCAGUCUAUGUGGGUCAAAUGCUGGCAGCAUUUAUAGGGUCUGGAAGUGAGUAAACUCUUAAGCCCAGCUCUG